CUGUCAAGAUUUAAAAAUGGGAGGAUUAAAAUAUUUGUUCAAACUUCAAUGGCACAGACCACGCAUAUAUUGUUUGGAACUUGGUGAUUCAAAGAGAGAAAGAAAGCAAAAAAUGGUUUACUCAAAAACUGAAAAAUCAUCCGCCUGAGAAAUUAAUAACAACCCUGCUGCUUGUGGUUCAUCUGCAGUUUUGAAGUUUGCAUUGGAUGCAACCCUCCCCAGGGCUAGUCUAUCAGCGAAUCAUCAAACAUAGGAACUGAGUUUUAGACAGUGACAUGGAUGGAUACUCAUGUCCAAAAGCUCAACGUAACAAAAAGGGUAGUAGAAAUGGAAGUACCCCUUCAAGAAAUGCCAUCACCACGAACGGCAAGAACCACCGGCACACGGUGGUGGACGAAGAUGAUGGUGGAGAUCCGAUUGAAUGCAGCGGGAAAUCAUGUAAGGCAUGCACCGGCAGCUUAAUCGCGGAUUGUGUAGCGGUUUGUUGCUGCCCCUGUGCUGUAGUAAACAUUUUGGCACUAGCAUUUCUCAAGAUUCCUUGGAUGGUGGGAAAGAAAUGCUUGCGAAUGGCGAAAAAGAAGAAGUUGGAGAAGAAGAGGAAAGAUGACAAGAGUUGCUGUUACAGUGCUGACCGUGUAAUGUAUGCGGACAGUGUAGAAGAAGAAGGAGAAGUAGGGACAUUGGGAAUGGUAAAUUCCCAAUUUGGGGAGGAAGAGUUAAAGGACAGUUUUCGUGCAAGAAUUGAUGCAGAAGAAGUUUGGUUAGAGUUGUAUCGAGUUGGUCAUAUGGGUUUUGGCAGGGUUUCUUUCACAGGAAUUAAUUCUUCUCAAGGUAAGGCCAAUUAGGUCAAAAAUUGUGACAGUUGUUUUCUUUUUCCUUUCUUCAAGCAUCUGGUUUCGGAAUUAAUUGACCCGACUCAUCUGGAUUUGCUCCAUAGAAAGCGUACUAUGAGGGUUUUAAUGCUCUCUAUCAAAGAAAAUACAUUUCCAGGACGAACUCAAGACCUUUAGUUAAGGGUGAAGAAAAUCUUGAAACUGUUUUUGGUUCAGGCUUGAGGACAAGAUGUGCUUCCAAAUACAGAAUUUACCAUUUAGCCUUGAGACUGAAUAUUGGUGAACCAUGACUACAACUGCAAACUACUGUGCCUCAGUUUCAAGUCAAAACCAUGAAUUUUGAAAGAAAUUAAAGAGGAAUAUACUACUAGUACUAGUUUAGUGUGUUAGCCAGAUUAGUCAACACUUAUCUCUUUCGAUGCCAUUUACAUGUCAAAAACAUCACAUUGUUUCUUCUUUGUGAAUUGUACAGUUAAUAUUAGUAAUGUUUUCUUGGAAUAACAUUGCUAAUUUUGAAGGAUAAUGAAAGAGGAAUUUACUAGUAGUACUAGUUUAGCAUGCUUCAUCAUGUCAAAACAUUACAUUGUUUUUCUUCUCUGUGAAUUCUACCGUUAAUAAUAGUAAUGU